AUGGUUCGUAUACGAGCUAUGACAUCAGAAGAAUACAGAGCAAAACAUGAGAGUUUCAAAAUAAUUUAUGGUUUUCACCCCACAUUCUGUGGGAAUUGUUUGCUUGGCGUAACAGACUCUGAUAAAACCGUAGUGUAUUUAGCGUUUGUUGAUAAAAGUCAGGAAGAAGCGUUGGCCGAGUUGAAGAACGAUUGGCCUCUAUCAGAGUUGACAAAAGACAACAUGUUUGAAACAGAAGAGAUUGUACGCAAAAUUUUUUCGCCACGUGGACUUGUAGGCGAUCACAUCACGGUACUCCUGCUGGGUACAGAAUUUCAAAUAAAAGUUUGGAGAUCCUUAUUGAGUAUCCCAGUAGCUACAACGGUCACUUACGAGCAAGUUGCAUCGAUGAUAGAUCAUCCAAAAGCUGCACGUGCUGUUGGAAAUGCAGUAAUGAAAAAUAAAAUUGCAUAUUUGAUACCGUGCCAUCGCGUGAAGGGAAAGUCUGGUAGUAAUAAGUACAAAUGGGGAACAGACCGCAAAGAAAAUAUUUUAAUGUCUGAAUCCAACUAUCUCUGAACCUUAUCGUUUAUUAUUUUUUCUAUAUGUUUAUAUAGUGUAUACAUUUAUACAAUAUUUCUUAAAUAAUUGUUCUUUAUACUAUGAUGAUAAUUAAAAAAUAAAGAAUAUAUUUUGAUAAUA